AUGAGUGCAGAUCACCAAGAGUUUCUCAACAAUUUUCAUCAUCUUACAAUGGGCUCAUCUGACCCAGAAGUUAAAAGAGGAAAACCUGACCCCUCUAUAUUUUUAGUCUGUGCUUCAAGAUUUCCUGAUAAACCUAAGCCUGAGGAUUGCUUGGUGUUUGAAGACGCAGUGAAUGGUGUUAAAGCAGCAUGUGCUGCAAACAUGCAAGUUGUUGUUGUACCAGAUCCUCGAAUAGAAAAAGAAUCUCUGUGCAAUGCAACUCUCAUACUCAAUUCCUUAGAGGAGUUUCAACCAGAAUUAUUUGGUUUACCACCAUUUUAA